GAGGGCACGUCUUGACGCUGGGGCGGGGCUAUUCCGGCGGACGCGGCGAGGGCACGGUCGUGACGCUGGGGCGGGGCUGUGGCGCUUGCUCGCUGGCCCCUUUGUCCAGCUCGCUGCAGGCAGCUCGGAGCGGGCUGGAGGCGAUGCUGUCGGGUGGCAAGAAGGCGGCCGAGGGCGGCGGGGAGAGCGGGCCGGAGGUGCCGGUGCCGCCGCCCGGCCUUCCGAGUUCGGAGGGCGGUUCGGGCGCCGGGGGCCCGGAGCGGACUCCACGUAAGAAGGAACCGUCUCGGGCCUCUCCCCCGGGAGGCCUGUCCGAGCCGCCAACCGCCGGCGCCAUCGUCGCCCCCGGACCCGAGACUACGGGCAUAGCCGAGACACCCGAGGGUCGAAGGACCAGCCGCCGCAAGCGGGCCAAAGUGGAGUACAGGGAGAUGGAUGAGAGUCUUGCAAACCUCUCUGAAGAUGAAUAUUACUCUGAGGAGGAGAGAAAUGCUAAAGCUGAGAAAGAGAAAAAGCUACCACCACCACCACCACCGGCCCCUCCAGAAGAAGAGAAUGAGAGCGAGCCAGAAGAGCCAUCUGGGCAAGCAGGAGGACUUCAAGACGACAAUUCUGGAGGGUAUGGAGACGGCCAAGCAUCAGGUGUGGAGGGUGCAGCUUUCCAGAGUAGACUUCCGCAUGAUCGUAUGACCUCUCAAGAAGCUGCUUGUUUUCCAGACAUCAUCAGUGGCCCGCAGCAGACUCAGAAAGUGUUUCUGUACAUCAGGAAUCGCACAUUGCAACUUUGGUUGGACAACCCAAAGAUUCAGCUGACAUUCGAGGCAACUCUUCAACAACUAGAAGCACCUUAUAACAGUGACACUGUGCUAGUUCACAGAGUGCAUAGCUAUCUAGAGCGUCAUGGUCUAAUCAACUUCGGUAUCUACAAAAGGGUAAAGCCUCUACCAACUAAGAAGACUGGCAAGGUGAUCAUUAUAGGUUCUGGAGUCUCUGGCUUGGCUGCAGCUCGCCAGUUGCAGAGUUUUGGGAUGGAUGUCACGCUUCUGGAAGCCAGGGAUCGUGUAGGAGGAAGAGUUGCUACAUUUCGCAAAGGAAACUAUGUUGCUGAUCUAGGAGCCAUGGUGGUAACAGGGCUGGGAGGGAAUCCAAUGGCUGUGGUCAGCAAACAAGUAAAUAUGGAACUGGCUAAGAUCAAACAAAAAUGCCCACUUUAUGAAGCCAAUGGACAAGCUGACACUGUCAAGGUUCCUAAAGAGAAAGAUGAAAUGGUGGAGCAGGAAUUCAACCGUUUGCUGGAGGCCACCUCCUAUCUCAGUCAUCAGCUGGACUUCAAUGUCCUCAAUAACAAGCCAGUCUCCUUAGGACAGGCUCUGGAAGUUGUCAUCCAAUUGCAAGAAAAGCAUGUGAAGGAUGAACAGAUUGGACAUUGGAAGAAGAUAGUAAAAACUCAAGAGGAGCUGAAAGAUCUCCUUAACAAGAUGGUGAAUUUAAAAGAGAAGAUUAAAGAGCUCCAUCAGCAGUAUAAGGAGGCAUCUGAAGUAAAACCACCUCGGGAUAUUACUGCGGAGUUCCUUGUGAAAAGCAAACACCGAGAUCUUACUGCUCUCUGCAAGGAGUAUGAUGAGUUGGCAGAAACACAAGGAAAGCUGGAAGAAAAGCUCCAAGAACUUGAAGCCAAUCCACCCAGUGAUGUUUAUUUAUCCUCAAGGGACAGACAGAUACUUGACUGGCAUUUUGCAAAUCUAGAAUUUGCUAAUGCCACACCGCUGUCUACACUUUCAUUGAAGCACUGGGACCAGGAUGAUGAUUUUGAAUUCACAGGCAGUCAUCUGACUGUGAGAAAUGGAUAUUCCUGUGUGCCUGUAGCCUUGGCAGAAGGGUUGGAUAUUAAAUUAAAUACAGCAGUUCGACAGGUUCGCUACACAGCUUCAGGAUGCGAAGUGAUAGCUGUGAACACCCGCUCCACUAGCCAGACUUUUAUUUAUAAAUGUGAUGCUGUCCUGUGCACUCUUCCCUUGGGAGUGUUGAAACAGCAACCACCUGCUGUACAGUUUGUGCCUCCUCUUCCUGAGUGGAAAACAUCUGCUGUGCAAAGAAUGGGAUUUGGCAAUCUUAACAAGGUGGUAUUAUGUUUUGACCGUGUCUUCUGGGAUCCAAGUGUCAAUUUGUUCGGUCAUGUUGGCAGCACUACUGCCAGCAGAGGAGAACUUUUUCUAUUCUGGAAUCUCUACAAAGCUCCAAUUCUCUUGGCCUUAGUAGCAGGAGAAGCAGCUGGGAUCAUGGAAAACAUCAGUGAUGAUGUCAUUGUUGGGCGCUGCCUUGCAAUUCUCAAAGGCAUCUUUGGCAGCAGUGCUGUCCCCCAGCCCAAGGAGACAGUGGUAUCUCGUUGGCGUGCUGACCCUUGGGCCCGGGGGUCCUAUUCUUAUGUAGCGGCUGGAUCGUCUGGAAAUGAUUAUGACUUGAUGGCUCAGCCAAUUACUCCAGGACCAGCCAUUCCAGGUGCUCCCCAGCCAAUUCCUCGCCUCUUCUUCGCAGGAGAACACACAAUUCGUAAUUACCCAGCAACGGUCCAUGGUGCUCUACUGAGUGGGCUGAGAGAAGCAGGGCGUAUUGCAGACCAGUUUCUUGGGGCCAUGUACACUCUGCCACGCCAAGCUACACCUGGUGUGCCCACACCACAGGCCCCUAGCAUGUAAGGGAGAUGCAAGCUGCCCGACAGAGGAGUGAUGGAUUCAUAAUGCAUUUGCUGUGGACUUGUUUUUGGGAGCAAGAUAUCUUCGUAGUCUGUAGCAGUAGCCACUGAAAGCACUGUGCCAGAAGUCACUUAAUAGUCACCCCAUUGGAAUGGCCUUUAUGAAAUAUGAUCUGACUAUUGCCCAUGCACCUGGUAUACAGAUCCCUGUCUGUCUGUUUUUCCAAGUGUAUAUACAGUCUCUUACUGCCAAACUGGUCAGGAAUUCCUAUGGCAGUGCAAAUACAUUGGGAAUCCAAGCUCCUGGUGUUUAGUUGGAUUUCUUUUGGCACAUAAAGAACCUACUGGCGUGUUCACAGUUCAGUAAUUGCACAAAAGGUUUCAGACUCUAAUAGCUGGUUGUUGUUGGUAACAGUGUAGAAUUCGUCUCUUAUGUGGAUUUUUUGAUUGUUUGUUUUUGAAAAAAAUAAAGUUUUCACCAUGUUC